CUCUGACCAAUAGUAGUAAAGCUCCAUCUUAGCUGUGCCACAGGCUGCAUUAAAAAUAGAUCAGACCAGCGCUCUUUCUGCAUCCUUUCAGACAAGAGGUAGCCUACAGAUCUGUGGCAGUGAAACCACUAAGAGGAUUCCGUAACAAUGGCAACCUUCAACACUAGUCACUGGAAUGAAACUACAUACAUUUAUGAAUGUCUUGGUUUCCAAGUGCAAAAGAUUUAUCCUUUCCAUGAUAACUGGAACACUGCCUGCUUUGUUAUUCUGAUUAUAUUUAUUUUUACUGUAGUUUCGAUGGUGGCUUUGGCUUUUCUCUAUGAGCUGCUUGAUUGCUGCUGCUGCGUGAAAAAUAAAACCAUGAAAGACCUGGAGAAUGAACCCAACCCUGUUAGAACCAUGAUGGACAGAUUUAGAAAGCGUGAAACAGAAGUAGUGUAAGAAAGACUGAUAAGCACUCACAGAAGAACAAACAUUUAAAACACUUUAAACAAAAUCUGUUACAUUAUAUGACUCAGCAAGUCACCUAAAUUUUCGGCCUUAAAAAUCUUUACAAACAAUACUAUUUCUCCACUGGACAUGAAACUGAAUGGUCAGCAAAUGGAUGGUCUCUACUGCAAUAUCAUGUGAGAAGAAAGAUUUUUGUUUUCAAAUGAACUUUUGUUGUCUAUAUUUGAUGACUAGAGUAAAUUUUUG